AUCCAUGCCAGCUAUCCUUGUUUAUAUAUGUGUGGUUGGGUUUCGGAUGAAUUUUCAAAUUCCAAUUACAUAUGCAAUCGUCUACAAGAGCUGUGUGCAUUUGUGGUUUUGCAAUUGCAGGUUAAGAUAAUGGGAGAAAAAGUGGUAGACAUGAAGAACUGCCUGUACAAGAACUCAAAAGAACCCAUUGAAGCUCGAGUCAAGGACCUUCUUUCUCGAAUGACUUUGGAAGAGAAGGUUGGACAGAUGACCCAAAUUGAACGCCGUGUUGCAACCUCUCAUGCCAUUAAAAACUUGGGCAUUGGCAGUAUACUAAGUGCUUGCGGUAAUGGGCCCCAAUUUGAGAAACCUUUAUCGAAUGAUUGGGCUGACAUGGUGGACAUGUUCCAGAAGUGGGCCCUCGACUCACGACUUGGGAUACCUCUGGAUGAUUGAACUGUUCAUGGAAACGGUAGCGUUUAUGGUGCCACUAUAUUCCCCCAUAACAUCGGUCUUGGUGCCACCAGGUGUUAUAGAGAUCCAGAUUUAGCUCAAAGGAUUGGUAGAGCAACAGCUAUUGAAGUUAGAGCGAGUGGCAUUCACUGGAAUUUUGGUCCAUGUGUCUCUGUGUGCAAAGAUCCCAGAUGGGGAAGAUGUUACGAGAGUUAUAAUGAAAACACUGAAAUCGUUAGAAAAAUGACCUCCACUGUUACAGGCUUACAAGGGCAGCCACCCGAAGGACACCCACAGGGCUACCCUUUUCUUGAGGGAAGAGACAAUAUUAUUUCAUGUGCCAAGCAUUUUGUGGGAGAUGGAGGGACUAAGGAGGGUGUAAAUGAGGGAAAUACUGAAAUAGAGGAAAGUGAACUAAAGAGGAUUCAUAUGUUGCCCUUUAUCGACUGCAUUUCAAAGGGAGUUUCCAUUAUUAUGGCAUCCUAUUCUAGCUGGAAAGGAGACAAGCUGCAUGCUCACCGUUAUCUCUUGACUGAAAUUCUCAAAGAUAACCUUGGUUUUAAGGGUUUACUAGUUUCUGAUUGGAAAGCCAUUGAACGGCUUAGUGAUGCUCGUGGCCAAAACUACCGUAAAUGCAUUGAGUUGGCCAUUAAUGCAGGAAUUGACAUGGUGAUGGUGCCUUACAACUAUGAAGAAUUUAUAAAGCAUUUAUUAUCUUUGGUGAAAUGUGGGGAAAUACCAAUGAGCAGGAUAGAUGACGCUGUUGAACGCAUCCUGAGAGUGAAAUUUGCUGCUCGUCUUUUCGACUUUCCUUUCAGUAACAGAAAAUUACUAGAUGAAGUUGGCUGCAAGCGGCAUAGAGAGCUAGCACGCGAAGCAGUUCGGAAGUCUUUGGUUCUGUUAAAGAAUGGAAAGAAUCCAAAUAAGCCUACAUUUCUCCCAUUAGAUAAAAAAGCUAAGAGAAUUCUUAUUGCUGGUUCACAUGCUGAUAAUCUUGGAUUUCAAUGUGGAGGAUGGACAAGUAAAUGGCAAGGACGCAGUGGCAGGAUUACACAAGGUACUACAAUCCUAGACGCUAUAAAGGAAGCGGUAGGAAAAGAAACAGAAGUAAUUUACGAGGAAUCUCCAUCGAUAGGCACCCUAUCGAGACAAGAUAUAUCCUAUGCUGUUGUGGCUGUUGGUGAAGAGCCAUAUGCAGAAUCUUUUGGUGAUAAUAAAGAGCUUCUAAUCCCCUUCAAUGGAACAGAAAUCAUAAACUUGGUGGCUGAAAGAAUUCCCACAUUGGUGAUUAUUAUAAGUGGAAGACCUCUAGUUUUAGAGGCAUGGUUGUUGGAUAAGAUAGAUGGUCUAGUUGCUGCUUGGUUGCCUGGUACUGAAGGCGGAGGAAUUGCUGACCUUAUCUUUGGAGAUCAUGAUUUCCAUGGAAAAUUACCAAUGACAUGGUUUAAAAGGGUUUCCCAACUUCCAAUGGAUGUUGCAAAUGGAAAAUCAUAUGACCCUUUGUUUCCUCUUGGAUUUGGGUUAACCCUAUGCAAUAGAUUGGCUAACGGUAUACACCCCGUAAACUAUGAAAAUUAACGAAUUGGGCCAGACCAUUCAUCACCCACCAAUAUAGCAUUGGAGUCAGAUAUUGUGGCAUUCGUCGGCCCAGCCAAAAAUUUAUACAUGCCUGUUUAUGAGAUGUGUUCCCAAUAAAUUUAGCAUAGUUCUUAAAUCUAAUUUCUUAGAGCUAGUUUAUCAUCAAAUUUGGGAUUGGUGAUGAUACUAGGUGUACAAUGUUAAUCUAAUUUGGAUAAACUUUUACCAUCCCAUGAGAGAUCAAAAUAUCAUGUUUGAAAUUACUUAAUAAAAUAAAUCUAUCCACUUCA